AUGCCCACAGGCAGGCCUCCACCAGAUGAAGCGGCAUCGAUUGAUUUUGAACCUUACAACCCAGCAAACCACAAAGCCGAACUCGCGUCUUUCAUUUACAAAGUCGAUAGCCAUGCCAUAAUUCCCUCAAAGAUCAAGGUUGAUCCAUUACGUGACCUUGCCCAAGAAUACUUGGACAGACUUAUACUCCGACAGUCGGCCCAAAACUCUCCUCACAGUCAAACAGCAAGCCGUCGUACUGAAGACGCCUCCGACGGCACCACUGAAGACGACUCCAGCGACUCCCUUUCCUCUCCUGAGGUCUCACCUGAGCCAGUCCAACUACCAAUACCGCCAACAACAGUCAUCACUCCCACUCCCUCUCCCCCGCCGAGAAGAGGGGCCCGAUCACCAGGCAGAGCUAGGACUGGUGGUCGAUCUCGAUCACCUGCCAGACCUGCUGCUCGAUCACAGGCAAGAGCUCCUCGAUCACCGGCCAGAAGAGCUCCUCAAUCACCGGCCAGAGCUAUGGCUGAUCGAGCCCCAGCGCCGGCCAGACCUGCACCUAGAUUGCCAGCAAGAGCCCCUCGAUCACAGGCCAGAGCUGCGGCUGAUCGAGCACCAGCAAGAGCUCCUCGAUCCGCCAGAGCUCAAUCACCCGCGAAAACUCCUUCCAAAACAACCCGAGCUCGACCACAGGCAAGGACUCCUUCCAGAACACGCGCCCGAUCUCCGGCGACUCCGUCCAGAAAACAGGCACAAAGUUCCAGGCACUCUGCUGAUACUCGUGGUCGAUCCCCAUUAAGAAGAUCAAAGGGCAGAUCUUCAACCAAGUCUCUCUCCCCCUCCCCUAAACGAGCCUAUCCUAGAAGCUCUGGACGAGCCUAUGCUAGAACCUCUGCAUCGCCAUCUCCCAGAAAUGCCCGUCCUGAAAGCCGAGCACCUAACCAAAAACAACGCAUGCAAUCUCAAUCACCGCAACGGAAGUCCAAAAAGCGGCACGUUUCAUUUGAAGAAUUGCAACCAAAGAGACAUUCAAAAUUACCCGUUGAAGACGAAUCGACAUCUGGCGAGGAUUCAUCACUUUCAGAAUCCAGUUCUCUUACUUCACAGCCUGGCGACUCCAAUUCCGAUUCCGAGUCAGACAACAGGUCAGACAACAGAGCCUCAAGGAAAAGUAAGGGUAAGAACAAGGCACCAGCCAAAGACAAGUACUGGGAUCAAGCCAAAAACAAUUACAAGAAAUUCAAGUCGGUGAAGUCUGUGCAGCCACUCAAGUCAGCACUUGUAACUGGAAAAAAACUUUUGAAGAAUCACAUCAUCAACAUCGACUCUGGCACUGAUACUGACCCGCGUCGUCACAACACCCGUUCGGGCCGUAGGCCACUGCGGCGCUCGCCCUCGCCAGCUUAUGAAGACCUGUGCUACGCCGAAGAGGGACGACAGGACACCAAUUCAUAUUCUCGCCCAAAGAUCUCGCCCUUCUUGCAGCUGCCUCCGGAUCGCGAGCGAUCGAAUCAAGAUGUGCCAGCUCUGUCAGCCACAGAGCACAUUUCACAGUACGUGAAAUGUACCUAG